GUCCUACCUAUAAUAAUGUCUCAUCUUGUCUUAAAAGAUAACAUCUAUGCAUCCGCGACAUGUAGGUCAUGGUGUAAAGCUGCUGUAUCUGUCCGGGUAGUGGAAAAGCAUCCUUGGCUUAUGUCCUUUCCUAAAUAUGGCAACUUGUUUGAACUCCGUGAUCCAUUAAAACGGAAGGUGUACACUAUGAAUCUGCCAAAGUUAGCUAGAUGCACUGUGUGGUACUCAAAAGAUGGCUGGUUACUUAUGGCUCAACGAGGAUUGAAAAAGAUGUUCUUCUUCAAUCCGUAUUCUCGGGAGCUCAUAACAUUGCCGGAUUAUCAGAACGCUUUUGAUGAGAUUGCGUUCUCUUGUCCUCCUACAUCAGAUAAUUGUGUGGUUUUAGCGAUAAGGUUCAUAGACGAGUUUGUUCUUAUCAGCACUUGCCACCCUGGAGCAACUGACUGGACCAAUGAAGUUAUCCCUUUUCGCAUAAGACCAUUUUAUAAUCAGAGUAACAUUGUCUACUGCAAAGAUCGAUUCUAUUGCUUCAACGCACGUGGAACUUUGUUUAGCUUUCACCCAUCUUCCCGUACAUGGAGUUAUACGUGUGCAGAUAAACUGGAAUGCCCGUAUCAGUACGAUAGAGAGAAAUAUGGAUGGAGUGAGAAAGGAGUUUCCUUGAUAGAGAAGGAAGGAGAACUCUUCGUCAUGUUUACAAGUAGCAACGAAAGGCCACUAGUGUACAAGCUAGUCUCUGGGACGUGGGAGGAGAUCCGUACGACUGCACAUGAUGGCUUUAACAUCUUUGUCAGUUAUUAUAACAGUGAGCUGAGAACUAAUCUCCCAAGGAAGAAGAACAAUAUAUAUUUCUCAAGGUUCAGUCAGAAGCGCAAACGUUGUGUAUCGUAUUCCUUUAAUGAAAGCAGGUUCAGUCGGCACAAGGAAUGGCAGAGAUGGAGAGAACUAUGUCCUCGUCAAAGCCUAUGGAUCGAUCCGCCUCGUAAGAAUGUGUGA